AGUUUCAGUCCGAGCCGGACCGUCGAGUCCGGUGUGUGUGAAUCCGCGUGAGAGUCUCUGGGUGCUGCGUCAGUUUCUUUCUUUUUUUUUUUUUUUUUAAUUAUCACUCCUGCAUGCUCAUUCAGACGAGGAAGGGAUGAGGGAGAGAGAAGAGCUCAAGCAAGCCAAGGAGCAGAGCGAGUUGCUCCUGUCCAGAAUCCAUGAACUUGAGGAGGAGAACAAUCAACUUAACAAGGAAAAGAAUGAGGUGAUCACCAAAUGCCAAGUCGAGCAGGAGAACGUCCAGGUGUCCGAACAGCGCUGCACCCAGCUGGAGAAGGCCCGGCGGGAGCUGGAGCGGCAGCUGUCGGGCCUUUCGGAGCGCCUGGAGGAGGAGGAGGCCUGCUCGGCAACGCUGGUCCUCCACCGGGACAGGCUGGAGGCGGAGUGCGGCAGCCUCAGACGAGACCUGGACGAUCUGGAGAGCGCCCUGACCGCGGCCGAGCGGGACAAACAGCUGUCAGACGGCGAGGUGAGGAAGCUGACCGAGCAGCUGCUGCAGAGGGACGAAGCUGUGCAGAAGCUCCAGAGGGAGAAGGAACAUUUGGUGGAGCUGAGCCAGCAAGCGAUUGAGGAUCUGCAGAUGGAGGAGGACAAAGUGAACCUGCUGACCAAAGAGAAAACCAAGCUGCAGUUGCAAGCCGAAGAUUUGGAGUUCCAGCUGGAGCGGCUCCAGCGUGGCGAGCCUGAGAAGGCCAGGAGGAAGCUGGACGCUGACAGCAGAUCUACUAAGGACAGCUUAGGAGAGGUGGAGAAGAUGAGGAGUGGUUUGGAAGAUCUUAUCAAAAG